GAAUGCCAGUCCAGCCAUCUGGGAGAUCUUCAGUGAGAGAUCAGUCUGAGACAGAAGCUGAAAGGCCCAAAGCUUUGUAUUGCUGGUAAAUAUCCUGGGUGCCUGAGUCCUCUGUGGCUCUGAACAAAAGGAACAGCUCGACUUAGGACUGUAUCCCAAGGGAUGGGGUGCAUGACCUGCUGCCUGGUGCUGUGCCAGUCGUGCAGGUCCCCAACCUUCUGCCAGGAGUCCACGCCAGGUUUGCUCUCCCACUCCAAAGGUCUUUUGCUGCACAAUGAGGGAGAGGUUAUUGUCUUGGAAGAAGCAGGAGCAAGGCAGAGAAUAUUUGCUCAGGGCCAUCUGAGGCACAGCCUGGUACACUGUGCAAAGACCAUCAAGCCCACAGGAUGCUCGUAAAGGUGUCAAGCCCACCUGAGCCUUGGAGCUUCCCACAUCAACCCACAUACUGCUCCCUCCCUCUUCACCCACAACAGCCCCACCUGGCUUAUGGUGUCAGGUUACCCAAGGAAUGCAUAAUUUACCUGGAAAAGCCAAGUGAUUUUUGCCUAUAGGUACCUAGGGUUGGUCCCCAGCCAGGAUAUAUGUCCUGGAGCUGAAAGAGGUGGAGCAGUUGCUCCUCCUGGAGAGAAGCCAGCAUUGGCGCAAGCUGUGAGUGAGUGAGGUGGGACUCACUCUAAGGAAAUAUUAGAGAGCUGGUUAAACAGUGAGAGCUGGAGCAGAGGACAAGCAGCAUGGCAGAGCUCAGUGUCCGCUCCGUUCUGGUCACUGGGGCCAACCGAGGCAUCGGCCUGGGACUCGUCCAGCAUUUCCUGAGGAUGCCAAAACCACCACAGUGGAUCUUUGCAGGCUGUCGGGACCCCAAGGGACAGCGAGCACAGGAGUUACAGAAUUUGGCCUCCAAGCACCCCAACAUCAUCAUCAUCCCGCUCGAAGUCGCCAACCCCGCCAGCAUCAAGGCAGCUGCAGCCAAGGUUGGGGAGCACCUGGGGGGCUCUGGGCUCAACCUCCUCAUCAACAAUGCUGGAAUGGUCAAGUCAAAUACACUUGAUACUGAGACACUGGAGGACAUGAGCGAGGUUUAUACCACCAACACCAUUGGGCCCCUGCUGAUGGGCCAGGCAUUUCUGCCCUUGCUGAAGAAGGCUGCCCAGGGGAGCCCAGGCUCAGGGCUGAGCUGCAGCAGGGCUGCCAUGGUCAAUAUAUCCAGCAUUGGCGGCUCCAUCGGUUCAUUCUUUGCUUGGGACAUAGUUCAAGCCACCUCGUACCGCUGCAGCAAGGCUGCUCUGAACAUGCUGAGCAAGUGCCAGUCCCUGGCGUACAAGGAGCACGGCAUCCUCUGCGUCGCUCUCCACCCCGGCUGGGUGCAAACCGAUUUGGGCGCUGCUGCUGGACACCCGCCACCUACGACAGUGGAUGACAGCGUGCAAGGGAUGCUGAAGGUCCUCUCCUCCCUCUCUGAGAAGGACACCGGAGCCUUCCUGGACUGGGAAGGGAAGGUCAUACCCUGGUGAGACACCACUUCAGGAUCCUGGUGGCCAAGGAUUACCUUUGGCACUGCUCCCAUGUCUGCCACAUCCUCAAUAAACUCCUGCUGUGACCCCAAGCUCUGUUGUG